AUGGUGGCUAUACUCAAGUCAAUUACAGAUCAGAUCAGCUCCUUACAAAUCACUUUACAAGAAGCCACAGCCACAGCUAACUCAGCGUUAGAAACAGGCCUUACUAAUCAAGAGGAAAUCCGACAUCUUCAGAGGCAAGAACGCUGGGCCACAGACAAAAUUCUGGCACUAGAUAACAAAGCGCGGGAACGACAUGUUAAGCUGAGAGGCUUUGAAGAACACGAGGAAGGAACCUCAGAACUGGCCAGCUUCCUAGCAUCGUGGUUUUCUACAGCCCUUCAGCUGGAGGACGGCAUUGCUCCUUACAUUGUUCGUGCUUAUCGACUGGGUUCAACCUUCUCCUCCCGCUCCCACAGCUCCCGAGAUGUCAUCAUUGAACUGGCUGACAUACGAGGCUACCUCGAGCCCUUCGACCCAACCAAUCCAGAGGGAUGGGAGUCCUACGCGGAGCGGGUCGAGUUCUACCUCCGGGCCAACAAGAUCACUGACGCCGGAGCAAAGAGGGACGUUCUCAUGAGCGUCUGCGGGCCUGCCACGUUCGAGAUCGCCAAGGGUCUCUCGGCACCCGCCCGUCUGGCAGAGAAAUCCUACGACGAGAUCAUCCGACUCCUCACGGGACACUUCUCACCACAGAAAGUGGCGGUCCUUAUAGAGGGGAACCCCUGCCAAAUGGAGGUGGACUCAGGGUCCUCCAUUUCCCUCAUUGCGGAAGAAACCCUAAGAGAACUGUGUCUCCGCCAGCGGCUGCAACUUCGGCCGGCAGACUUCAUUCUCCGGGACUUCCAGAAGAACCCGGUGCAAAUUGCGGGGUGGGCGCGGGUACAAGUCGAGCGGGGGUCCUUCCACGGCCCGCUGGACAUCCUGGUGGUUAAGCGCCAGCUGGCCACCCUGCUAGGUCUGGCCUGGUUCAAACCCUUGGGAAUCCGCGUGGAGGGGGUGGGCCAGACCAUAACGCCCCGGGGGUUCGGGGAGAUUUGCAAGGAAUUCCCCGAGGUAUUCGAUGGGUCCCUAGGGAGCUACCGGGGGGCGCCCAUCUCCCUGCCCCUAGACCCCACGGUCAGACCGAUUCGGCUCAAGGCCAGGAGGGUUCCGUUCGCCUUGAAACCUAAGAUUGAGGCAGAGUUAGACCGCCUCACGGCACAAGGCGUCCUCGAGCCGGUGGACUACGCCACCUGGGAAACCCCCAUCGUUACCCCCAUCAAGCCAAACGGGGAGGUGCGGAUCUGUGCCGAUUAUAAAUGCACCAUAAACAAGGCACUACAGGACAACCCCUAUCCAGUGCCGGUGGUGAGCCAUGUCCUGGCCGCCCUAGCGGGGGCUAGGAUAUUUGGGAAGCUAGACCUGGCCCAGGCCUACCAGCAGCUCCCAGUAGACAAUAAGACGGCGGAGGCCCAAACGAUCGUGACCCACAGGGGGGCUUUCCGGGUAAAGAGGCUUCAGUUUGGGGUUAGCGUCGCUCCGGGGAUUUUCCAGAGCCUAAUGGACGCUCUCCUUAAAGGGAUCCCAGGAGUCCAGCCGUUUUUCGACGACGUUUUAGUCGCCGCUCCGGACCCCGAAGAAUUCGGCAACCGCCUUCAAGAGGUGCUCCGCCGGUUCCAGGCAGCGGGGCUCAAGGUCAAGAGAGAGAAAUGCUUGCUGGGGGUUCCACGGGUAGAGUUUCUGGGGUUCGCCGUCGACGCAGCAGGAAUCCACCCCACGGAAGAAAAGACCCGAGCCAUCAUGCAAGCCCCGGCUCCCACUUGUAAAGCCGCGGCGUUUCAGGCGGUCAAGGACGUCCUGGUGUCCAAUGCGGUGCUCCACCAUUUUGACGAGGCCCUCCCCGUCAUCCUGGCCUGCGAUGCGUCGCCGUAUGGGGUGGGAGCAGUCCUGGGGCACCAGCUUCCGGACGGGAGGGAGGUACCGGUCGCCUAUUACUCCCGCACGCUCACUUCAGCCGAGCGCAACUACGCGCAGAUAGAUAAAGAGGCCCUGGCAAUCGUGGCAGGGGUCCGAAAGUUCCAUGAGUAUCUAUAUGGGAGAAGGUUCACCAUUGCCACGGACCACAAGCCCCUCUUAGGUCUACUGGCCCCAGACCGACAAACCCCCCAAAUACUCUCACAGCGCGUGUUGAGGUGGAACCAAUUCCUCAACUCAUACACGUACACACUGGUUCAUAGGGCCGGCAAGGCUAUAAGACACGCGGAUGCGAGGGGGUGGCCAGAGGGAAACAUGGGGGAAGAAUUCAAGCCUUACAAGGCGAGGAGGGAGGAAUUAGCCGCACACAAGGGCUGCAUACUUUGGGGCAGUAGGGUAGUGAUUCCACCCCCGCUCCAAAGGCGUGUUCUAGAAUCCCUACACGAGACUCAUCCCGGCAUAGUGCGAAUGAAGGCUCUGGCCAGGAGCUACGUCUGGUGGCCGGGAAUGGACGGGGAGAUCGAGGGCUGGGUCCGCGGGUGCCAGACCUGCCAGGAAUCACGGCCCGAGCCGCCCAGCGCCCCCGUCACUAGGUGGGAGUCCACCCGGAAACCAUGGUCGAGACUCCAUAUCGACUUUGCGGGCCCCUUCCAGGGGCAAACCUUCAUCAUAAUGGUGGACUCCUACACCAAAUGGCUGGAGGUCAUCCCCGUAGGGUCCACCUCGUCCACAGCCGCGAUCAGAGCUCUGCGCAGGGUCCUAUGCACACAUGGCAUCCCGGACACCAUAGUCUCUGAUAACGGGGCCGCCUUCACCUCAGCCGACUUCCAGGCGUUCCUGCAAAGAUAUCUGAUCAGGCACAUAAGGUCGGCUCCCUUCCAUCCGGCCACCAACGGCCAGGCGGAG